AUGAAUGCAUUAAAAGGGCCGCCCCCCUUCUACCAACAUGAUAACCGCCGCGAGAGCGUACCUGGCCCUGGUAACUUUAGCCUGCUGUGUGCUCCUGGGCCAGCACCAAGCCCUAAUCGAGAAUUCGCUUUUUUUUUUUUGCACCCGAAAAACGGCUCCAACAAAAAUGUGUACAUACAGAGAAAGUACCAGGAGCUGUUGAAGUACAAGGAGUCUGAUGAGUGCCUGAACGAUUUGCUACAAAGAAAUUUAAUAAAGUUAAUCGCCAUUGAUAUAGACGGAACUCUCGCAGAUGACAACAGUAAAAUAAGUGAUGAAAAUUUGAACGCGAUAAAAUUGGCCAAGCGAUUAGGUAUAAAGGUUAUUCUUGCCACAGGCAGAUUACAUAAUUUCUCCAUGAGAAUGUUUACACAAAAGCAAAAGGACACUUACGAAUUGGAAAAAAUGGACGGAGUGUAUUCUCAUGGGGCUUAUUUGAAUAUAAAAGGAGUAGAUUAUGUGUAUCGCAAAUUUAAUAUGAUUGACAUUGAAUUCAUUUUAUUCGCUUUGUCAUCACGCAAUGCCUUGAAGAAUGCCACGUUUAUAACCCCCAAUGUUGUGUACAUCUUCAAUGACGACCCAGAGUUUAAGAAGCACUACCCGGUGUGUGAAAUAGGAGAUGAUGUACUUAUAAAUGUAAAGAAAGACAAGUCGUUGGACAAAAGACACAAUGCAGUUUUGCUGACUCACGUCAAGGACAUACUAAUGAUUGGUGAUAUCGUUUCUGUGGAGAUAUAUGAAAAAAUUCAUCCUGAACAAGAACCACUUAAGGAACUGCACACAGAAUUAUAUUCCGAGUUAGAAAACAGAUUUAAAAUUUACGUACCUCCACAUAAAGGAAAAAUAGUCCUGUCCCCCAUCAACACCUCAAAAAUACAAACCAUUCAAUUGUAUGCACAGUUUUAUGACAUUCCUUUGAACCACAUAUUGUCAAUUGGAAAUGAUAAUAAUGAUUUGGAGAUGCUGGCUUCUACUGGUUACUCCGUCGUGGUGAAGGGCUCCACGAAACCUGCGUUGAAGGUCGCCAGAUGUGUCAGCACCAAGACCAACAACGAGAACGCCGUGGCCAAUAUUAUAUUCAAGGUUAUCACGGGCAGACACAUGUGA